CAAUCUCCCGCGUCCCAAGUUAAGCGGAAAUAGGGAGCCCUUCUUUUCUCUAUUUAAGCGCGCCAACAAAGCCUGUCAGAGGAGGUACAUCUGCACUUUGUUCACUGGACACCACGCCGUUUGUGUUGUCUCCCUCCAUUGUCUCUGUCAGCGUCCUGAAAGAAGAAAUGCCGGAGGAAACGUCCGCCGCCGCGUCGAGCUCCGGGAGUGUGGAGGAGAAGCCGUGCUCCUCCUCUUCCUCCUCCUCUUCAUCAGCUGCUGCUGCUGCUGGAGACAGCUCAGUUGACGUCGCAGAGGAGGCAAAGAAGCUGAUCGGCACAGGGAACAGACAUCUAGUGAUGGGAGAUGUAGUUUCUGCUGUCAGUGUCUUCCAGGACGCCUGCAGCAUGCUGGCUGCAAAAUACGGGGACACUGCAGAAGAGUGUGGUGAGGCCUUCUUCCUGUGUGGGAAGUCCCUUCUGGAGCUGGCCAGGAUGGAGAACAGUGUCCUUGGUAAUGCCCUGGAGGGAGUCCCAGAAGAAUCUGAGGAAGAGGAGCAGCCUAACAGCUCAAAUGUUGAGAGUGCCAACAAUCUUGAUGAAAAAACUAGAGAUGAGCUACGCAUGCAGGUGUAUGAUGCAAUGGCAGAGAAGGAGAUAACUGAGGCGGUUGACUCCAAGCUGGAGUCUGAGGAUGGAGAGGGCGACACUCAGGUGAAAAAAGAAAACGGUGUUGUCAAGUUCCCAGGCAAACAUGAUCUGAAUGGAUCAGAGGAACCCUCAAAUACCCCUGUGAGCAACAAAGAAAACGGUUCAGUUCAAAAAGCUAAGGUGAAUGGAGUUGAGAAGAGCCCAGUUGCUCCGGUGAACGGUCUGGAGGAAAGUCCGACUGCGUCUCCUGUAAAAGAAGAUGCGCUAGAGAAGGUAGAGGAUCAAAAGGGGCAGAAGACCGGCGGUAAAGACACGGACUCCAAGCCAGAGGCUGAACAGGACAAUGAGGAACCAGAGGGUGAUGAUGACGACGAUGAUGAUGAUGACGAUGAUGAUGAGGAUGGAGAGAAAAAUGGACAGGAUAAGGAGGAAGAUGAAGUUGGGAAUUUGCAGUUGGCGUGGGAGAUGCUGGAGGUCGCUAAAGUCAUCUACAAAAGAAAUGAAGGCAAAGACGACCAGCUGAUGGCAGCCCAGGCAUAUCUGAAACUUGGAGAAGUCAGUGCUGAGUCAGGCAACUAUCCUCAGGCGCUAGAAGACUUCCAGGAGUGUCUCGCUCUGCAGCUCAAGCACCUGCCGCCCCACAGUCGUCUGCUGGCUGAGACCCACUACCAUGUCGCCACGACACUGUGCUACAUGGAUCAGUACAGCCAAGCCAUCCAGCACUACAACAGCUCCAUAAAAGUCAUCGAGACCCGACUGGCCAUGUUGCAGGAGGCGAUUGGGGCUGCAGAAGAGAAGAACGAGAUGGAGGAGCUGAAGCAGCUUCUGCCAGACAUCAGGGAAAAGGUGGAGGAUGCCAAGGAAAGCCAGAGAACCGCUAGCGCUGCCUCCCAGGCCAUCCAGCAGACACUAGGCGGAGCCUCAACCUCAUCAGCAUUCCAAUGUGAAAAUGGCGGCCCUUCCUCAUCUUCAGCAUUUGCCACAGCCAGCCAGAUCCCAGUCAAACCGUCUGACAGCGGCUCGUCUUCCAAAGCAGUCUCGAACAUCUCCCACCUCGUCAGGAAAAAGAGGAAACCAGAGGAGGAGAGCCCAGUAAAGGACACUGAGGCUAAACAAGUGAAACAAGAAGCCACAGUUAAUGGCGCUGACUCUAGUGCCAGCAACGGCAAUGGAGUCCAGGAGGGAAAAUCACAGGAGUCUGCCACCCAGUCAGCCUCUGUCGGGUCGUCAGCGUGACCGUCCUCGUCUCUUUCCUGAUCUUCGAAACCAGCACAGCAUGCCUCUCCAGCCCCGCCACCUUCAACACUUUUGUUUUUGUAAAUAAGAUCAUUUUCAUAGAUUUUUGUCUGUCCAGUUUUGUAUACUUGUAGUA